AUGGCUGGCAAGAUGUGCGCCGCCAUUUUGAGUCUGUUUGGAAUCACGAGCGCCUUAGCUGCCGGAACAAAGCUCCGAAGGGACGAGAUACCUAAGUUCCCGCACUACUGGGAAACUACUUUGUCUUGUUCGUGGUGGUGGGAUAAUGAUGGGUCAGUUGCCUGCAAGGACAUGCCGUCCUAG